GAAACUAAGGAUAUGAAAAUUUUAUUGUGAAAAUUUCACAUUUUAAAUGAAACUUCCAAAUAGAAAAGACUGAAACAGACCAAAUUAGUAACUCCAAUAAGAAAAAGGAAAUAACUGCAAUAAAACCAGAAGUGAUAAAAUAAGUGAGGAGCCUUUCAAGGACAAAGAAAUUAGAAAAAAUUUAAUUAAAAUUAAUACAAAAGAAUUUGGAUUAAAGUCAUGCAGCAUCCUGUGGAAUCGGCCUAUAUGACGGAAGUACCCUUCCAACCAUUGUGGGCACAAGAAGCAGCUCCGCCUCCGCCCAUGGUACCCUAUCAGGAUUUGAUAACAGGAUUUCCUUGCAGUGAUUUAGCUCUCUGGCAGCGGUCACAGGUGGGUUCCUUGGUAACACCACGCAACAAUGGCAAUUCACGCCAUGGCACCACUAAUGGCUCAUCUUCGACAAAUCCCAAUCCUCCCAAGAAAACUCGCCGCCGCACUGCCUCAAUGGCUCAGCGGAGAGCUGCCAAUAUUCGAGAACGCCGACGAAUGUUCAAUUUGAAUGAGGCUUUCGACAAAUUACGACGUAAAGUUCCCACUUUUGCUUAUGAGAAACGUCUUUCACGUAUCGAAACCUUGCGGCUAGCCAUUACUUACAUUGGAUUUAUGACUGAACUUUUGACGGGUACUCCCAUGAAUUCCCACAAAUCGCGAGUGACUGAUAUCUAUGGAGGAAUGAAUGGCCAUGCUCAUCAUCAUCCGGGAGCCAUGGCCCAUCACUUGCAUCCAGCGGCAUUUCAAAGAGAUUUUGUUUCACCCUAUGGCCAUAGUUUGGCUUAAAUUUGAUAGGCUUAAAAUUGUCAUGUUUUAAAGUUAUUUGUUGAUUAAUGAGUAAAUUUUUUUAAAAAGUAUUAAAAAUUAUUAUGAUUUUAUUUUCCA